UUUUUAACUUUAACCGUAUGUUACUCAAAAAGUUCAGUCCUGAUUUUUGAUACCUCAAAGAAGCAAACAAGCAUUGGAAUAGACAAAAUGGAGGAUCUGGCUAUUGAAGUUUGUGGUGAGAAUGGUGCUUAUUAUAAGGCUUUCAUGGUUGAUCUUCAUGAAGAUGGUGUCUCUGUAGCAUUUGAAAAUGAUUGGCAACCUCAAACAAAGUUUCCAUUCAGACGUGUGAGACUCCCUCCUUCUGUAAAAGAUGAUGAAAAGAAGGAAUAUGCUGAAGGGCAAGAAGUUGAGGUACUGUCUCGCUCAAAUGAGCAGGCUUGUGGCUGGUGGAAAGCUAUUGUUAAAAUGAGUAAAGGGGGCUUUCAUGUUGUUGAAUAUGUUGGUUGGGAAACAAGUUGUACAGAAAUCGUUCCUAGUGACCGGCUUAGGACAAAAAAUACCAAUCCACCAAUUACUAAAAGCACUUUUAAGAUUUUUGAACUUGAGGUUCCUGAAGAUCUUAGAGAAUAUUCAAAAAUGGAAUCUGCUCACAAGGAAUUUAAAAAGGCUAUUGGUGCUGCUAUAUGUCGCUGGGACUCUACAAAAAAUUGCUUACAGAUAAUUGCUAAAUCGGAAACUGCUAAAACAAGAGCCAAUAUGCUAAGUGAAAUGCAUUUUCGUAAUUUACGACAAAAAGUGUUACUAUUAAGUCGAACAGAAGAAGCAGCACGGCAGUUGGAGAGUACAAAGCUUAAUUCUACUUCUGGGCAUGUUCAAGAAUUUCAAGUACGUGAAGAUUUAAUGGGUCUCGCCAUUGGAGCGCACGGAUCAAAUAUUCAACAUGCUAGAAAAUUGGAAGGUAUAACUGGAAUUGAUUUAGAAGAAUCUACUUGUACAUUCAAAAUUUAUGGAGAUACGGAAGAAGCUGUAUGUAAAGCUAGAAGUAUAUUAGAGUACUCUGAAGAGUUAGUUGAAGUGCCUAGAGGUCUUGUUGGUAAAGUCAUUGGGAAAAAUGGUAGAAUCAUACAAGAAAUGGUGGAUAAAUCUGGUGUUGUUCGUGUAAAAAUAGAAGGAGACAAUGAUAAUCAAACUCCUAGAGAAGAAGUUCCCUUUGUUUUUGUUGGAACUGUUGAAGCUAUCAGCAAUGCUAAAGUUCUUUUGGAAUAUCAUUUAGCCCAUUUAAAAGAAGUGGAAAAAUUGCGUCAGGAUAAACUGGAAAUUGAUCAACAAUUAAGAAGUCAAGUUGGUUCUGUUCCUAAUUACCCAAUUCCUAGGAGAGGUGCUUAUGACCGAUCUUAUGUUGAUAGAGAUGGUGGUCCAAAUAAAAAUAACCUUCCACGAGGUAGGGGUCGUGGAGGGGGUCCUAAUCGUCGAUGGAGUGGUGCAGAUAACAGAUAUCCCAAUAAUCAAGGUCAUCGACAAUUCCAAGAACGCAUUGAUCGAAAUUCAGAUUUGCCUCCUCGUCAGAGAAUUCGAAAUGACAGACGACGCGUGACUGAUGAAGACGAAUCUGUUCUUGAUAGCCAUGAAGUUUCAAGCAUUGCUAGUUUGGAUCAAGAAAGCAUAUCAUCUCUUGAAAGUUCGCGCAAUCGUAGAAGAAGGAAGAAGAAAAAGCAGCGUUAUGUAGGGGACAACAACAAUGGCACUGAGGACUACAGAGCCUCAGGCUUUUCAGAAUUAUCUACACAAGCUUCAUCAGAUAGGUCACAAAAUAAUUCUCUUCAAAGUGCUACUGAACCAUGUGUGAAUGGUGAUGAUAAAAAAGUGCUAAAAAAUGGCGGAUCACAUCCAUUACCAAAGCAGCCAAGAGAUAAGCAAUCAAAUAGGUUAAGCAAUGGAACCAAUAAAACUGAAUCUAUUUCAAAAGAAACUUCAUCUGUUUCCAAUGGUACAACUUAAAAUACUUCAUAAUUUAGUGUUAAUACUUUUGUUUGAAGUAAAACUUAAAAAGUUAAUAUUUUUCAGGAAUUGAGACUUUGAUUAAAGUUUAUUACUAGUACCAAAGUUUAUAUUUAUUUAUUAUAGAAGUUUGUUGAAUGUGCCGAAAAAAUAAACAUGUAGUGCCCUUAAGAUUUGUUUUCUUUUGAUUAAUUAAGUUUUGAUUUUUUUUUUAAUUUUCUGCAUUGAAGUGGAUAUUGUUGCCAUAUAUUUAUAUUUUUAUUUGGUAGUUUCCAAUAUGAAUUCAAAUACUCAUUUUUACUGUCAGUAAUUUUUUUUCAAGUUUAUAUAUGCAUUGAGUACUGUUACGUAUUCAAUUAUGAUUAUGUUGUUUGAAUUUUGGAAAAAUAAAAUUGUUUUCCCCAUAUGCUUUUUUGAAUAGAGAUUAGUUGAUUUCCUUUUUUUUUCUAUGUAUUGAUUGGUAAGUGUUUCUAUUUUAUGUUUUAUAGGGAGUGUGAUAUUUUUUUUUAUAACUACUUAGAAUGUGCCUUGUAAUGUAAAUAACAAAUGUAAUUUUCAUUCUUAAAUUUUUCCCAUUUUAAACUAUUAAACUUAACCAUAGACUGUAUUUAAAGAUUUAUGUGUUGAAUUGCAAUAACCUUCAUUAGCUAUUGGGAGAUUAUGCUUUGGAAUUGUCUUGACGUAUUCAUCCAUCAUUUUUAAUUUCUUUCAUUAAAAAAUAGCUACAAUAAUAUAAUUAUAUAAAUACAUUCAAUUGAGGCUUUUAAGUUUACAGCAUGCAUUGCUCCUGGUUGCCUUAAAUAUUUUCAGAAAUUUUUUACCUUUUAGCAUUUUGAAUUUUCUUUCAUUGUUCUUUUGAAAAAUAAUUUUAAACUAUACAAUUUUUCUUCAUUAAAUAAAUAAUUUUAAUCAUAUUGUAUAUUCAUCUCACUGGAAGAAAAGCUAGAGAUUAAACUUCCUUUUCUUUAAGAAAGUAGUUUUCUAACUAAAAAGUGUUUUACACACAUCUAUUAAGAGUUUUUGAGUUUAGUAAAAGUCAAACUAUAUAUCAUUUUAAUCUGGAAGAAAUUCAUUUAUAAACUCUAAUUAAUUGAAAGUAUCAUAAAGCUUUGAUUCUGUUGAAAAUGUGCUAAGUUAUAAAAAAUUAGUGUCAACUUUGUUUAAUUCAUAUUGUAUAUUUACUAGAAUGAAUUUUUUUGUUUUGACUUAUUAUAAUAUGUUAUGUGAUUACUUUAUGGUGUUAUUGUUUGUUAAAAAUGUCUUAUCAGAAAGUCUUUUUCUUGAAAAUAUUCAGUUUUCUUACAUUUCAGUAAAAAUAUCUCAAAAAAUUUAUUUCCAUUGAAAGCUUUUGUUGCUGUAAUUAGUAAAAUUUCGAUAAAAUUGUCUUAUGUAAUUUUUGUUUUGAGUAAUGAUCUUCUACAGAUUGAAAAUGUAUGUUCUUUUAAUUCUGUAUGUAUCAUGUGUACAAAUUUCCCCAUGGAGCAGUAUUUCUUCUUUGUAUAUCAUGAGGGAAAUAUAACGUAUAAAUUAAGAAAACAAAUAGUUAAUUUCCUUUCCAACUGAGUUCAGAAUUGUCACUUAAGAGUUUAAUUGUUUUGAAAGAUAAUCUAAACAACUUGUUAUGUAUUUAGCUAAAGUAUUCAAAAUAUUGAUAUUUUUUAAAAGCUCUUAAAUUUUUCUUAAAACAUUUGAUUAAAGUUUCAGUUGAAUAUGUAACUAUAGAUUUGAUUUGUCUUAUUUUUAUCCUACUGUAUUUCUAUUUUGUUUUAUAUUUAUUUUUCUUCUGCUAAAAAUUACUUUAAGUACUAAUAUUUGUUCCAAACAUUUUAUGAGAAUUUGGAAGAUCUGUUUAAAUAUAUAUAAUCAAAAAAAAAUUUAUGUACUUUCUUUUCACAAGUGUGGUAGAGUAGAAGAGUUAUUCAUGGUUUAUUUAUAUUUGUUCUCUUUUAAAAUAUCAAAUUUACUUAGUAAAAAAUGUAUUUGUAUACUGUUAAUUAACAAAAUAACCUCGUGUUUAUCUACUAACAAGUUCUAUGUGUCAAAUGUUUAUUCUGUUUUCUGUAUUAUGUUGUUCAAAAGACAGUUUCAGCUAAUGAAGCUUUUAUUUUAAAAAUAAUUCCUUUUCCUUUGAAGAAUUGUGUAGCAUACUCUUUCCUCUUCUGAGUUUUUGAGAAUGGGGCCUAAUUAUUGCAUCAUACAUUUGUUUGUUUUUUAUUUUAUUUGAACUGUGUAUGUGAAGUAAUUUUUUUUUAUUUAUUUAUUGCUGCAUAUUAUAUGAAGCCUUCCAGAAAAUAUCACUGGACGUCAUUCUAAAUAGUUAACUACUCCUUGUAAUGAAAUAAACUCCCUAGUCAGAGUAUGAUUAAUUAAUUGAUGCAACUUUAUAGUUAAUGUAAAAAUGUGUUUAACUGAUUUUCUUAAACUAAUUAUAAAUAUUCUUAUAUUAAAUAAGAAAAUUUCUUUAAAAAGUGUGUGUCAACUUAUGAGUUAGUUUGUAUUUCCCAUUACAAAAAAAUUGCAUGUCAAGAACAUGUUUAUUUUUGAAGAUAUUAAUGCAGUUUUGAGCUUAGAACUAGUUAACAUAGGACUAAAAAAUUAAAAAUGAAAAAAUUAUUUGCAAUAAUUUAAAUUAUAGCUAUUGUGCCUUUUUUCAUAUUUGAGAGUUGUAAUGAUUUUAUUUAUUUUUUGUAAUCUUUUAAAUUUUUAAGUUCUACUUAUGCAUUCUCUUUUUUUUUCUGAAGGAAACUUGCAUAAUACAAAGUUUCCUAUUCAAUCACGUUUAUUUAAUUUUAAUGUUAAAAUUGUUAGACUAAAUUAAUUAUAAAAAUUGAAGUAGGAAAAGUAUUCCCGGUAUUGUUUUGUGUAUAGAUAUUUAUUACUGGUUUACUUAUUUGUAUUUUUUAUUUUUGUUAAAUCUCUGCAGACAUAAUUGAAAUAUUUGCUUAAAUUAGCUGAUAAUUAUACCUAAUAAUGGUUAAUAUUCUUGACCUUAUAGUUAUUUAAUUUUUAUUGCACAUUAGUAUGAGAAACCACAAAGAUUAAAAUUUUGUAAGCUACCCAAAUGCAAAAAAAAAUUUACUACUAUUUUCAAAUUUCUAAUAUAAAUUAGAAGCAUACAUGAAAGGUAGGGAGUGUAAAUUAUUAAUAAAUUUCAUUUUAGUGCAUUACUAUGGUUUUAUGUUAAGUAAGUUAGACUUGCAUCUAGGCACCUAUUAGAUGCAUUUAAAUUUUAUAAACAAAGUAAAGUUUGUUCCUCUGUGGGUUAAUUCAAAAAAUGUUUUACAGCUGGAUUAAAUUAGGACUUUUUUUUUAAAAAAAUUUAUAAAAUGGGCAGUGUUUUUCUAUUAACUCUUUUAUUAAAAUUUGUAAACAUCACACAACUAGAAUAAUAAAACUUCUAAUGGAUUUUUAGAGUUUAUUAAUUGAAGUCAAUUGUCAUGUUUGAAGGGUUUUUUUUCUCCCUAUAUUUUUAACUAUUAAUACAACUUCAAUAUCCUGAAUUUCUAAAGGAUCAGAAAAAAAUAAAAAUGAGAGGUAUUUGUAAUCAAGGUAAUCAAUAAAAAUUACAUUUUUAAGAAGGUAUUUCUCAUUAAGUCAUUUUGCAGUUUUCAUAAGGUGGGAGCAUAAUGCAGAUCUAAAUUUUAAGUUUUAGCAAAAAUUAAGUUUAAAUUUAAUUCACAGUAAAAAUUUUAGAAUAAAUUUGCAGUUUAGUUUUAGUGACAGAAAUUAACAUAAGUUAUCACAAAAGAAUUCUAUAAAUACCUUUAAAAUAAAAAUUUCCUACAAAAAGGCCACAUUUGGACUUCAAUGGUGUUACUGAACCAAUAUAGUCACCCCAAUUUUUUUUUUUUUUUACUUAAUGUCUUGAUGUUUACAAAUGAAAAGAGAAUUAAGUUUAUAUAGGAUGGCUACUUAAUAGUAUCUUUCUUUAACUAAUGGUGGCAAUAGAUAAGUUCUAUAAUUGUGUGAAAAGUUUUUUAAAAAAUUAAAUAUUUUGAUGCUUGUCCCCAAAAAAACAUACGGAGCCAUGCUAUUAUUUUAACCAAAAUUAGAUUAAUUUAAUAACUUCAUACUAUUUAUCCAUCCUUACUAUAUUUUUGAAGUGCACAACACCAAUAGUUUUUCCUUUAAAUUUAUUGUUUAAGAUAAUCUGAUAUCCUAAAAGUCAAUAAAAAGUUAUUGUAAUGUUAAUUUUAUUUGAAUAGAAAAGUAUUUUGCAUAAGUAGUGAAUAUUUUGUGCUUAUAACAUAAAUAUCAACAGAAUCGUGAAUUAACUGCUGUUUAUGUUAUUGUUCCAACCUUUUAAGAAGUACACUUAUGGAACAAAAAUAAGAUUCGUAAUUCUUUUGAAUAGGUUAAUUACAAUAUAAGAAUAUUUUGAUUGAAUUUUCAAAGUCAUUACACAAGUUAUAAAAAAACAAGAAAUGCCUUCAAUAUUUCCCCACAGAAUUGAUGUCAGAAUGUCUUUCCCUCCUCCUCCUGACAUUCCUGGAAUACUGGGUCAAUAAUUCAUUGAGAUGUCUGUCCAAAGCAAUAAUUCCCAAGUGAGAGAAUAACCUUCAGUAUGUAUUAUGUUAAUAUUUUUUGAAGUUAUUUUUGUAAAAUUUGGCCUGUUGCAAUAAACUAUAAAAAUAAUUGUUGUCACAAUUAUUUAAAUUUGCUUUCUGAAAAAUUAGCAAUAUUUUAUAUUAGUAAGCUUCUUAAUUGGUUCAAAGGCAGGUUAUUGUGAUUGACAUUUAUUAUCUUAAAGUAUUAUGUCUCUAUUCUAUUAUACUGUUUAUUUUCUAUAUAAUGUAUCUUUGAAACUUACAAAUGUAUAUAUAGUAUAAUAUUAAUGAGGCCCUGCACAAGACCUCUGCACCAGGUCCCACUUUUUUUACCAGCCCUGUUACAAUGAAUUUAAUAUAAAUACCUGUAACUUUUACUAAGGGCAUCUUUUAUUCAAUGCCCUGCCUAUAAUGUUUGAUAAAAUCAGACUAGAAUAUAUACUAAUUUAGACCUACAGGUAAAUUGAUGACAUGGCUUAAACAAACUUUCGAAAUAUUAAUCCAUGUGCAAAAAUAUUUUGUUUCCCUUGCCUUGUAACUGAACUCUAUGGGAGCAUGCUAACUAGAUUUUUUGUGUAAUGUUUCUAAUUUUGUGAUAAAGAAGUGCAACUGAAUUGUAUUGGAUGCUAUGCAAACAUUUAAAGUUGACCUGUUAUUUAAAAUACUUAUAUACUGAUGAUGAUUUUCAUCUUCAUACUUUGUACAAAACAAAUUGUGAUAGAAAAUGCAUUUCUUAACUUCGGUUUUAUAUUUAUUUUCUUGAUUUUAUGCUUCCUUGAUUUAUGUACUAUUCUUGUUUAAUAAUUUAUGUAAUGACUUUUAGUGACAUAAUUAAGAAUAUUUUAUGAAUUCAAAUUCAGUCAUUAUCAGCUCAACAUUGUAUUUAGUUUUCUGUUGUUACUAAUAAAAAAUGCUAAAUUGCG